CUCGCCACAGCAGGGUCACACCAAACCCAAACCUUUCUCACUCUCAACCAGUUUUCGCAUUCAUCUUUGGUAAAAAGAAGUCUCAAAUUCCCUUCAACACAUUCACAUCUCUCAUUUUACAUACGCAUCUAAUUCACAACCACCGUCAACAAAACAAGUUAUGCAUUGAAUUUGUCCUCUACAAAGAAACAGAUAAAUAAGGCGACGCGACGCAUGCAAAUUAUUUGCAAAUUUGCAAAUAUGUAAUCUAUAACUUAACGAAGAGAAAAACAGUAGUGGAGAAGUUGUAAUUCUCAGCUUGACCAGAUUCUAAUAUUUUAGUAUCAAGUUACCCCCUUGCAAAAAAAAUUAUGGGUGAAGUGACACAGUUUUACCCGACAAUUAGUGAUUUUGAUUUUUUUGACCCGUAUUCAAAUGUGACUGAUUACUCGACGACAGUGAUGACACCGUCAGUGACGACGAUGAUGACGACACUACCGUUUUGUUCGGCACGUCACUUAUCCGUGACGAAUUCGAGUGACGAUUCCGGAACGAUACAGGAAUUAAAGUAUUUGACUUAUGGGAUAAUUUGGCCGAGUAUUUGUGCUCUUGGGAUUGUUGGAAAUGUGUUGAAUCUGGUCGUUCUCAAUCAGCCGAAUAUGAAGGGGACGGCGUAUAUUUAUAUGAGGGGUUAUUCCUCCGCCGCUCUGAUGGCGAUCAUUGUCGCAAUUCCGUUCGCUGUCCGGGUCCUUUUUCACAAUGAGGUCGGUCCCUGGAGCAAUCUGUACCAAGCUUUCUUUCACACGUAUCUCGAGCUCUAUCUGGGAAACUCGUGUCUUGGUGUUGGUGUCAUGAUGCUGGUGGCAUUGACGAUGGAGAGAUUUGUGGCGGUAUGUCAUCCCGAAAAGUCGAGAGCGUUGCAGGGGUCGCACAAGGCGUACGUCAUCAUUGCCUCUAUUCCCGUACUCACACUGCUUGCACACACCCCACACAUGAUGAGGUUUUCACUUGUGCAGUGUCAAACGGACGACGGUUUUGAAAAAUACCAGGGAAAAGAAAACCAGGCCUUUCUCUCGUCCACCUUCUACCUGGUAUACAAGUGGUUUAUCAGUUUGAUUUUCCGCCUAAUUCCCACCAUCCUCCUGGCUUAUCUGAACCUCCGAAUUAUUGUGGCUUAUCGAAGAACUUGUGCCAGAAGGAGGCUCAUGACGGGAAAAACGAGCCGAGAUGAAAGCAAGAAAUUUGCUGAGGAGAGCAGAAUCAUGUUAUUGCUGGGGUCCACGUCGGUCCUAUUUUUCGUCUGUGUGACACCAAUGGUCAUUCUGAGCCUCAUGUUCACAAAGUCGUUACUGAAAUCGUUUUCGUUCCAGGUGUUCCGCUCCGUCGCGAAUCUCCUCGAACUGACCAACUAUUCACUAACAUUUUACAUCUACUGUUUAUUCUCUCGGGAAUUUCGGACCACAUUUUUAUCCUUUUUCAAACCCAAGAAUGGCAAGAAAUCACCCAUCGUAACGAAUAAGAUAUCCGGCGGGAGAGGAAAUCAGGGGUCAACCCCUCUCGACCCACCACGUGGAUCAAGUCCUCUUUUAUGACAACAGGAGACCAUGACCACGGCAACGACAAGUUCCAACCGGAGCGGUCCUGGUCUUGUGGUCAGCACGUUUUUAAUCCCACCGAAAUCCAGCUGCUCGUCUUCGGAACAUUUCAAUGGCUCGAUUUAAAUGAGUUAAUAAAUUAGCGUGUAAAAAGUCAACUUUUUAAUAGGGGUUGUUCACAAAGGAUGUCAUUGAUAUUGCAAAGGGAAUGUUUUUUUAAUGUUUGUGUAACAUGAAAAAAACAAAGAAGAUUUCUCAAAAUUGAUUAUAACUUUCGACCAAAUUAUUUAUUGAAUUUGAUAAAUUAAGGUGAUCAGUGGUAGAGUUAGUUUAGUUUUUGGACUGAUCAGGGUUCACAAUUUUUUAUAUAAAGUUCAUAUAAGUUUUCUGAGAUAAUAAAUUUCAUGUGUCACAAUAAGUAUAUAUGUACGUGUAAAUAUUUGUAAUUAAAUUUUGAACAUAAUUUUGAACAU